ACCGUCGAGAGACUCCGUGUACUGGUAGUGGUAUAGGGCAUAGCCGCACAGCCUUGCGUAUCCUCGCGCCGAGCAUCGUGCAUCGGCGGUGCCUUGCGCCCAGAUCUGUACGUAUUCUUGCUGCUUGAAAAUGGCAAGUUAUCCACAACCUCCUGGGGCACAGCCCCUUGGUCCUCCAAUAGUGGGACCCACUCCUCCAUCCCAAAAUUUUGUUCCUCCUUUGCCCAUUCAGUUUAGACCAAUGCUUCCAGCAGGACCAGUACAACAACCACAUCAGUUUGUCUCAGCGGCAUCACCACAAUUUCGGCCUGUGGGGCAACCAUUGCCUCCAGCAAAUGUUGGAAUUCCAUCUUGCCAAACACAACCACCCUCUUUUCCUCAAUUGAUGCAACAGAUGCCCCCUAGAUUAGUGCAACCAGGUCCAGGUUCAGCUCCAUCUUCAUCACAAGCUGGUCCAGUGGGAUAUAUCCCAUCAAAUAUGCCCAUCUCAUCUGGCUCAAUGCUGCCACAACAAACUGUUCAGCCAUUAAGCAACCCCCCUAUAAUUGGUGGUGUAGGGAUGCCUCUUUCUUCAUCUUAUACUUUUGCAUCAUCUUAUGGUAUGCCACCAAGCAGUGUCAAUGGUCCAUCUCAGUAUCAGCCAAUAUCACAGAUGCAAACACCUAAUAUGCAAUCAGGUUCGCAACCUUGGGCAUUGACUGGGGGGCAGGGUGGAGUUUCUGUGACACCUUUGGUGCACCCUACACCAAUAUCUUCUGUUGCUGCUGUCACAAUUCCUGAUAAAGGUGUGCAAUUGAGUGCUGCACCAAAUGGUCCACAUAUAUCCUCUGAUUGGCAAGAACAUAUAGCUGCUGAUGGCAAGAGGUACUAUUACAAUAAGAUGACUAGGCAAUCUAGCUGGGAAAAGCCACUUGAACUGCUGACUCCUAUCGAGAGAGUGGAUGCAACAACUAACUGGAAGGAACACACUACUCCAGAGGGGCGGAAGUAUUAUUAUAACAAGGUUACAAAGCAGUCUAAAUGGACAAUUCCUGAUGAGCUUAAGCUGGCCCGUGAACUAGCAGAGAACAUAGGGGUGGAGUCAGCACAUUCAGAGAUUGGAGCAUCACCUACUGUUCAAGUUACUGCUGUGGUUACUGCCACUGAGCCACAUCCAUCUGUAAAAAGCCAAUCUAUUUCUUUAUCAACAUAUGUCAUAACAUCAAGCCCCGGCUCUGUUACAACUUCCAACUCUGUUAACCCAUCCACCAAUACAUCUUCUGUAUCCCCAACUGUUGCUGCAAUACCUUCUAAUGAAACUGACACUUCUGCUGUGAAACCAACAAAUACAAUUGAUAUAACAGAUGUCAAGACAAGUGAUGCUCCUUCAACUAUUCCUGCAUCUGCUUGUCCUGGAAAUGUUGCUGAUUCAAUUGAUACUUUAGAAAGUCCAAUCAAGAUUGAUGACAACAUUUCACUCUUACCACAUACUGCAAAUGUUCCGGAUGGAACUCCUGUUCCUUAUUUGGAGGAAGCCAAACUAAACAGUGUUUUUUCUGCAAAGAACACCAUUGCACCAUUGGAAGAGAAGUCUGUUACUGAUGAAUCUCUGGUUUACGCUAAUAAGCUGGAGGCUAAAGAUGCCUUUAGAGCUCUAUUGGAUUCUGCAAACAUUAAAUCUGACUGGACUUGGGAGCAGGCUAUGCGAGUCAUAAUCAAUGACAAGAGAUACAGUGCAUUAAAAACACUUGCUGAGAGGAAACAAGCAUUCAGUGAGUUCUUGAGCCAAAAGAUAAAACAGGAGGCUGAGGAUAGGCGUAUAAAGCAUAAAAAAGCUCGUGAAGAAUUUACCAGGAUGUUAGAAGAAUGCAAAGAACUCACAUCAUCAACUCGAUGGAGCAAAGCUAUCACAAUGUUUGAGGAUGAUGUGCGAUUCACAGCCAUUGAACGAGCUAGAGAUCGUGAGGAUCUUUUUGAGUCCUAUUUAGCAGAUCUCCAAAAGAAGGAAAGGGCAAGGAUGGUGGAAGAGCACAAGCGAAAUAUAGUGGACUACAAGGCUUUUCUUGAAUCAUGUGAUUUCAUUAAGGCAAACAGCCAAUGGAGGAAAGUUCAAGACCGUCUAGAGAGUGACCCAAGAUGUUCUCAUCUUGAAAAAAUUGAUAGACUGCAGAUUUUUCAGGAUUAUGUAAAUGAUUUGGAAAAAGAAGAGGAGGAACAGAGGAAGAUAAAGAAGGAGCAAUUAAGACGAGCAGAAAGGAGAAACCGUGAUGAUUUUCGUAAGUUGAUGGAAGGACAUAUUGUUUCUGGGGUUCUAACAGCUAAAACACACUGGCGUGAUUACUGUUUGAAGAUUAAAGAUUUGCCAGCAUUUGUUGCAGUGUCAUCAAAUACAUCAGGCGCUACAGCAAAGAACUUGUUUGAAGAUGUUGUUGAGGAGCUAGAGAAACAGUAUCAUGAUGAUAGAACACGGAUCAAAGAGGCAGUGAAGGCUGGAAGAAUUGCUUUGACAUCAGCAACAACAUUUGAAUACUUCAAGGCAACUAUUUUAGAGGACAAUGAUUUGCAAAAACUUUCUGAAAUAAACUUAAAGCUUAUUUUUGAUGAGUUUCUGGAGAGGAUGAAGGCAAAGGGGAAAGAAUCUAAAAAACAUCAGUGUGCUGCAGAUGACUUUACGAAUUUGUUAUUGUCAAUCAAGGGAAUAACUGCAUCCUCAACAUGGUCGGAGUGCUUGCCACUUUUUGAAGAUAGUCAACAGUACAAGUCUCUCGGUGAGGAGACUGUUGGAAAGGAAGUUUUUGAGGACCAUGUUAUGUAUCUGCAAGAAAAGGCAAAUGAGAAAGAGCAGAAGAGAGAUGAUGAAAAGCCGAAGAAAGAAAAGGAGAGAGAAGACAAGGAGAGCAGAAAGGAAAGGAAAGACAAAGCAAGAGAGCGUGAAAGGGAAAAAGGGAAGAGCCGAUCUCGAAGAGCCGAAGACAAUGAGAAGCUUGAUGUUGUGGAUAGCCACACUUUGAAAGACAAGAAAAAGGAUAAGCACAGAAAGCAUAGAAAACGUCACCAUGCUGAUACAGAUGAACUAAGUUCUGAAAAAGAUGAGUCUAAGAAAUCUCACAAGCAUGGUAGUGAUCGAAAAAAAUUCCAUAAGCAUGAGCACUACUCGAGCAACUCAGAUACUGAGAUCAAGUACAAGAAACAGAAGAGGGAACGUGAUGGGCAUCGUAGAAAUGGUGCUCUUGAGGAGCUUGAAGAUGGAGAGCUUGGAGAGGAUGGGGAAAUCCAUUAGUGUCUCCUCUGUGUUUGGCUUUAGUUCAUUUCACAAAUGUUCUUAUUUUGUUAUUUUGACCACCAUUAGUGUACUAUUGGGUAUAGGUAAAUUAGUUUGGUUACAGCUCCCCAGUGUUAGAGCAUCGAUAUGCUUUUCUUAACAUGCCUAAAUAAUAGGACUAAUUGGUUUUUUUUCCUUUGACUUUUGUGCUGUAGUAUGUGAUAAGUUAUGAAAUUGGCUAACAAAUAUGGCAUGAUAAAUUAUUGAUGGAAUGUUGUUCGCCUGCA